AUGGCGACAGAGCAGCAGCGGCGAUUAGAGCAACGCGGAAGCGUUUGCUAUAGAGAUCAUGCGGAUGCAACGCAUGAGCGACACAGCGACGGAGGUCGCGAUGAUUGUGAAGAACGAGAGCCUUUGAUGAACGAGAGCGCUCCACUGCGGUUUUCACAAGAACGAGAAGAAGGAAGAUGCGAUGGCAGUACGGCCAAUUUCACGACCGCAGCAACAAGAUUAGGCGACGACAAUGUUCGGCCAUUAACUUGUCGAGUAAUGGUAGACAAUGAUGUACAGAAGCCUGGACGCAUCAGCCUUGCAGGACUUGUCAGAAACAAGCCCGGUGCUCUUUCCUCCUCCACUCCCAACCCCGGCGAUGUAACCUCCAUUGAUCGCCGCAUGCAAUCUCUUGCCGUUGCCCAACAGCAGGCACGGAAGCAUGCUCAAAAGCUAAUCAAAGACAAGUCGGUCGCGACCCGGCGGCGUAUACUCAUGAAUACUCUUGGGAUGCAAAAAUUCUACAAGGCUCUCGCGUUGAUUCGAGAAGUCAAGGGUAUCCGCGAGAAUCUGCUAAGAUCCUGCGCUGCGGAAGAUCCUCUCUCCAAGUCCGCUGCUCGCGGAAAGAUUCGAGUUUGCAAGCAAAAGUUCGAAGCGCUGCCGAAGCCUGGACGAGACCUUUUGUCGAAAACUGAUCUUGUGGCGUCGUUGGAGCGAACCGAACUGGAUCGAUUGGGAAAAUUGCGAUGGGAUGAAUUGAUACAGCAGGCACAAGAAAAUCUGUUUGCAUACCGAGAAUGGGUAUCCAUCUCUGAAACCAGAGAGUAA